CCUCCUCGCGCCUGCAGACGAGCGUGCGCGCCACGCCCUCGUCCUCCCUCUACUUCUCCGCCUCGUCGCUGCCCUCGUCCAGUCCCGCACGCUCCGCGGCCGGCCGGCAGACGGAGAAGCGGCCAUCAAGAGUCCGCGCAGAGCAUCGCCCGUCAAGUGCGCCGCGCAGCAGCGAGGGCAUGACGACGAGGAGCUUGUGCGGCGCAUGGGCGGCGCGUCUCUCAGCUCUGAGCUCAGCUCGCCGCCGCCGCCGUCCUCUUGUCCUCUGGCACCUUCGUCGCCCUUUGCUGGCCCGUCUGCAAAGCUCAAAGAGCCGAGCAGCACGUUGUCGGACCUCCUGCGCCUCUGUGGGCAGCCUCGUGCUGCCGACUUCAGCACGCUCGUCUCGACGCUCGCCCGGCCAGCACGAGGUCGUGGCCGGCCAAAGACGACGGCCGAUCCGCGCUGGCGCAAAGUGGGCGAAGCGUCGUACUCGGAGGUGUUCGCACGCGGCGACAAGGUCGUCAAGAUUGUGCCUCUGCGCCUCGCCUCUGCGGCCGCAGCAGCUGCGCACGCCGCAGAGCACGACGCCGAAUGGCCCGAAGAGUCGAGCGUGCAGGAUGUGGGGCGCGAGAUUGAGAUUAUGCGCGCGCUGCAUGGGAUAGACGGCUUCGUUGAGCUUGAGAGUGCACAUAUUGCGACGGGCCCGUAUGCCCCAGCGCUGCUCUCGGCGUGGGACGAGUACGCCAGCAGCAAGGCAGGCGGCAGCGAGAACGUGCGACCAUCCGUCCUGCCGCCGACAGCGCACUACGCCCUCCUGCUGCUAUCUCACGCAGGACAGGACCUCGAAGGCGUGCGCCUGCCGAACUGGCGUGCUGCGGCUGCCGUCUUCUGGCAGGUCGUGGGCGCGCUCGGACGCGCUGAACGAGCGCGCGAGUUUGAGCAUCGCGAUCUGCAUUGGGGCAACGUCCUCGUCUCCUUCUCCGAGCCUUCAUCUCCAGACAACGAGACAACAGAGCCGGAACGCACAGCGGCGAGUUUUGUCGCCUCGCUCCGCAGUGCCGAGAAGUCUGGUGUGCGCGCCACAAUCAUCGAUGUCUCGCUCUCGCGCCUCCUCGAGCCGGCUGCAGACCCGCCACUCGUGCUGGCGUAUGACUUUGCCGACGAGUCAAUCUUCACGGGCGAGGGCGAUGCGCAAUUUGACGUGUAUCGCGCGAUGCGGACACUGACGCAAGGCAGAUGGGAGGCAUGGCAUCCACGCACCAACGUACUCUGGCUCCACUACCUCCUCGACAAGCUGCUGCACGCCAAAGGCUUGAGACGGCCGCCCGGCGCGCGCAGCGCACCAGCGACAAUGUCUGCGCUGGCGCGCUUCCGACAGGCGGCACAGACGGACGACGACGAGCGUGCCGCGUACGAGUCGCUUGCGGCGGCCGCCGCACAGCUGGCGCGCAGCCUCGACGCCGGCGGAUGUGGCAGCGCUCGCGAGCUGCUUGUCUGGGCUUGCUGAUUGCUACAUCAUUCUCAGCCCGUCGGUGCAUGCGUGA